CCGGAGCCAUGGGACCCCCGGGGGUUUGGACACUGUGCCUAGCGCUGCGGCUGCUGCUCCUGGGCCAGCUCCUCGCCAACACACAGGGCCUGCUGGCGUACGAUGGGCCCUCGCUGCCCGAAGACUCUGAGCCGGACGCUGAAGGCCGGACCCGCUGGAGUUAUGCCCAUCUUUCUGAUGACGAGGACCUGCUGGCUGAUGAGGCCUCUGGGGACGAGCUGGGCAGUGGAGACGUGGGCAGCGGAGACCAGCUCUUUGAGACGGUCUACUUCCGGGCCUUGGUGAACUUCACCCAGUCCAUCGUCUACAGUCCCCGGAUGGAGGAUGCCAGCUCGGAGGAGUUCCGGGAGGUGUCCGAGGCAGUGGUGGACACGCUGGAAUCAGAAUACCUGAAGAUUCCCGGAGACCAGAUUGUCAGCGUGGUGUUCAUCAAGGAGUUGGAGGGCUCGGUGUUUGUGGAGUUGGACGUGGGCUCUGAGGGGAACACGAACGCCAGCCAGAUCCGUGAGGUGCUCCAUUCUGUCGUCACCGGUGGCUCCAUUGCCUCCUAUGUCACCUCCGCUCAAGGGUUCCAGUUCCGGCGCUUGGGAGCAGUGCCCACGCCUGCCCGGCCCUGCACCGCAGAGGAAUUCGCCUGUCGGAGCUACAAUGAAUGUGUUGCGUUGGAGUAUCGGUGUGACCGGCGGCCUGACUGCAAGGACAUGUCUGAUGAGGAGAACUGCGAAGACGAGCCUGAGGAAGUCAGGACGGUGGCCACCCUGCAGGCUACCAGGACACCUACACCUCUUCCCAGUACCCUGGCCCCAACCACCUGGCGGGUCCCGGGCACCACACCCCCCCCGCCCAGUGACCAGCGCCCUGGCCCACCCCGAUCCUGUGGGCCUCUCGAGGCCACCUGCAUCAGUGGCCAGUGCAUCCCGGAAGACUACCUGUGUGACGGGCAGGAGGACUGUGGGGAUGGCAGCGAUGAGCAAGACUGUGGCCCCCCCUCUCUCUGCGAGCCCAACGAAUUCCUCUGUGGGAACGGGCACUGCGCACUCAGACUGUGGCGUUGCGACGGUGACUUCGAUUGCGAGGACCGUUCCGAUGAGCAAGACUGCCCCCCCAAGCAGCCUGAGGAGGUCUGUGAGCCGAGCCAGUUCCGCUGCAUCUCCACGAACGCCUGCAUCCCGGCCAGCUUCCACUGUGAUGAGGAGAGUGACUGUCCGGACCGCUCCGAUGAGAUCGGCUGCAUGCCACCACGGGUGGUGACGCCACCCGAGGAAUCGGUCCAGGUCUCCCGUGGACAGACGGUCACCUUUACCUGCAUCGCCACUGGCGUCCCGACCCCCAUCAUCAACUGGAGACUCAACUGGGGGCACAUCCCCUCCCACCCCAGGGUAUCGGUGACCAGCGAAGGGGGCCGGGGCACUCUGACCAUCCGAGAUGUGAAGGAGGCCGACCAAGGUGCCUACACGUGUGAGGCCAUGAACGCCCGUGGCAUGGUGUUUGGUAUCCCCGAUGGCGUCCUCGAACUCAUCCCUCAGCGAGGUCCCUGUCCCAGCGGGCACUUCUACCUGGAGGACAGCUCCAAGUGUCUCCCCUGCUUCUGCUUCGGAGUCACCAACUUGUGCCAGAGCAGCGGCCGAUUCCGCGACCAGAUCCGACUGCGCUUUGACCGGCCCGAUGACUUCAAAGGCGUGAACGUGACCGUGCCCGCGCAGCCGGGAGCCCCGCCCCUGUCGUCCACGCAGCUGCAGGUAGACCUGGCCACCGAGGAGUUCCAGCUGGUGGACCUGUCCCGCCGCUUCCUCAUCCACGAUUCCUUCUGGACGCUGCCCCAGCAAUUCCUGGGCAAUAAGGUGGACUCGUACGGGGGCUCCCUCCGCUACAAGGUGCGCUACGAGUUGGCGCGGGGCACGCUGGAGCCAGUGCAGAAGCCGGACGUGGUGCUGGUGGGCGGCGGGCAUCGCCUGCUGUCCCGCGGCCACACCCCCACCCAGCCCGGCACCGUCAACCAGCGGCAGGUGCACUUCACAGAGGAACACUGGAUGCAUGAGUCUGGCGCACCAGUGACCCGGGCCGAGCUGCUGCUGACGUUGCGGAGCCUGGAGGGUGUGCUCCUCCAGACAGUAUACAACACUAAGAUGGCCAGCGUGGGGCUCAGCGACAUCAUCAUGGACACCACAGUGGCCCUUGCCAAUGGCCAGCCCCGGGCCCACAGCGUGGAGGAGUGCAGAUGUCCCACCGGCUACUCAGGUCUUUCCUGCGAAGACUGUGAUACCCACUUCUCCCGUGUGCCCAGUGGAUCCUCCCUGGGCAUCUGUUCCGGGUGCGACUGCAAUGGCCAUGCCACCUCUUGUGACUCAGCAUUUGGCCACUGCCUGAACUGCCAGCACAAUACAGAGGGGCUGCGAUGCGACAAGUGCAAGCCCGGCUUCUUCGGGGAUGCCACCCGGGGCACCCCCACCGCCUGCCGGCCCUGCCCCUGCCCGUACAUCGAUGCCUCCCGCAGGUUCUCGGACACCUGCUUCCUGGACACGGAUGGCCAGGCCACGUGCGAUGCCUGUGCCCCUGGAUAUACUGGGCGCCGCUGUGAGAGCUGUGCCGCUGGCUAUGAAGGAAAUCCCAUCCAGCCGGGGGGCAAGUGCAAGCCUAUCAACCAGGCGUAUGUGCGUUGUGAUGUGCAGGGGAGCAGAGAGCCCUCUGGGGAGUCCUGCCUCUGUAAGGAUAACGUGGCCGGCCGCCUGUGUGACCACUGCUCCGCGGGCACCUUCCACCUGAGCUCCGACAACCCCAAAGGCUGCCUCAAGUGCUUCUGCAUGGGUGUCAGCCGCCAGUGUGCCAGUUCCACCUGGAGUCGACGCCAGGUUCUUGGGGCUUCGUCGAGCCAGCAGCAAGCCCAGUUCAGCCUGUCCAACGCCGCGGGCACCCACAGCACCAACCAGGGCAUCAUCUUCCACGCCCCCGACGAGCUGUCCUUCUCCGACUUCCGCAACUUCCCGCCUGGCCCCUACUACUGGAACCUGCCUUCCCAAUUCCUCGGAGACAAAGUGACAUCAUACGGUGGAGAACUGAGCUUCACAAUCACACAGCUGCCUGAGCGGGGCUCACCACCCCUACAUGGGCAGCCCUUGGUACUGCUGCAGGGCAACGGGAUCUUCUUGGAGCAUCACCCCCAGCGCCAGCCCGUGUCCGGCCAAUCCAGUACCUUCACCGUGCCCUUCUUUGAGAGUGCGUGGCGCCGGGCAGAUGGACAGCCUGCCACUCGCGAGCACUUGCUGAUGGCACUGGCCGGCAUCGACAUGCUCAUGAUCCGGGCAUCCUAUGCCCAGAACCAGGCCGAGAGCAGACUCUCAGGCCUCAAAAUGGAUGAGGCUGUGCCCUAUGCCACGGGGCAGAAGCUGGCACUGGAAGUGGAGGACUGUUCCUGCCCACCCGGGUACCGUGGGCUAUCCUGCCAGGAAUGUGACACCGGCUACGUCCGCACCUCCAGCGGGCUCUACCUGGGCACCUGCGAGCCCUGCGACUGUCACGGGCACUCAGAGGUCUGUGACCCGGAGACCAAAGCCUGUCAGGACUGCAAGCACAAUACUGCUGGCCCCAAGUGUGAAACCUGCCAGCAGGGUUACUAUCUAGCUGCCCAGAAGGACACCCCAGGAAUCUGCCAGCCGUGCCCCUGCAUGGGCAUUCCCGUGAACAACAAAGGAGUACACACUUGCUUCCUGGACAAAGAUGAUUACCCUACCUGUGACUCUUGCUCGCCUGGAUACAUCGGACGCCACUGUGAGAGCUGUGCUCCUGGUUACCAAGGGAAUCCUGCACUCGAUCAGCCCUGUAUAGAAGAGGUUUAUCUGACCCCUGACCCCAAGGUUUGCCAGUGUGACCCUCAGGGAAGUGUAAACAACGAGUGUAAUGCCCAAGGCCAGUGCCAUUGCAAGUCCCAGGUGGAAGGCCCCACCUGCAGCAGCUGCCGGCCCCAUCACUUCCACCUGAGUGAGAACCACCCAGAAGGCUGCCUGCCUUGUUUCUGCAUGGGGGUCACCCAGCAAUGUACCUCCUCCUCCUACAUCCGCCAUCUGAUCGACAGCCCCUUUGAGCCCGGGAACUCCCGAGAGUUCGCCCUGGUGAAUCGCCAGCACAGCGUCCGGUUGGACAGUGGCUUCAGGGUGCAGCCAGCUCCCGGGGGCUUCCAGCUCUCCUUCAGCGACUUUGCCCAGCUGGGUCACGAGUCCCUUUACUGGCAGCUCCCCGGCCUCUACCUGGGAGACAAGGUGGCUUCGUAUGGUGGGCGCCUCAGAUACACGCUGUCCUACAUGGCUGGGCCCCAGGGGAGCCCGCUGUCCGACCCUGAUGUGCAGAUCACGGGUAAUGACAUCACUCUGGUGGCUACCCAUCCCACACUUCAAGGCCCUCAGGGCAAGACCUUCGAGAUCCAUUUCCUAGAGGAAAACUGGCGCCGGCCGGAUGGGCAGCCGGCCACGCGGCCACACCUGAUGAUGGCCCUGGCCGACCUGGAAGAAGUUCUGAUCCGCGCCACCUUCUCUACAGUCCCGCUGGCCACCAGCAUCGCGGGGGUCAGCAUGGAAAGUGCCGUCCCCGGGCCUUCCACCGGAUCCCUGGCUCUGGAGGUGGAAGAGUGCAACUGCCCACCUGGUUACCACGGCCUCUCCUGCCAGGACUGUGAACCCGGCUACUCCCGCUCUGGGAAUGGGCUCUACUUGGGAAACUGUGAGCUAUGCGAGUGCAACGGGCAUUCUGACUCAUGCGAUCCGGAGACUGGAAUCUGCUUGGAUUGUAUGCACAACACGGCUGGCAAUUUCUGUGAGGUGUGUGCCCCUGGCUUCUACGGCGAUGCCUCAAUGGGCACCCCUGAGGAUUGCCAGCCCUGCGCCUGCCCCCUCACCCACCCUGAGAACAUGUUCUCCCAGACGUGUGAGACCCUGGAGACCAAAGGUUACCGCUGCUCGGCCUGCGCACCCGGCUACAUUGGACAAUACUGCGAACAGUGUGCCCCAGGAUACGAGGGCAACCCCAACGUGCGUGGAGAACGUUGUCUGCCCCAGGCCGCCCAACCCCCGCUGAUGGUGCAGGUGCACCCAGCCCACAGCAUGGUGCCCCAGGGCAGCGCCCACUCUCUGUGGUGCCAGGUCAGCGGGAGCCCCCCGCACUACUUGUCCUGGUCCCGGGAGGACGGGCGUCCUGUGUCCGUCACCUCCCAGCAGCGGCAGCAAGGUACCGAGCUCCACUUCCCCAAGGUCCAGCUGUCGGAUGCUGGCAUCUACAUCUGCACCUGCCACAACACUCAGCAUGCCAACACCGGCCGGGCCGAGCUGCUCGUCUCCCAGGCCUCCAUCAAGGCCAUCGCGGUGAUUGUGGAGGAGGAGAGGAACCAGAUCGUGAGGCCCGGGACUGACGUCACCUUCGUCUGCACGGCCAAAAGCCAGUCUCCGGCCUACACACUGGUGUGGACACGGCUGCACAAUGGCAAGCUGCCCGCCCACGCCAUGGACUUCAACGGCAUCCUGACCAUCCGCGGUGUCCAGCCUUCCGAUGCCGGCACCUACGUUUGCACCGGCUCCAACAUGUUCGCCAUGGACCAGGGCAUUGCCACGCUGCACGUAGAGGACUCAGAAGCCCUGUCACCCCCCGUGGCCUCCAUCCACCCAGCCCAGGUGACGGUCCAGCCCGGCCAGCCUGUUGAGUUCCACUGCAGGGCCACCGGCAACCCCGCCCCAGUGCUGACGUGGACAGGGGGCCCUCCAGGGGUCAUCCCUAACAAGGCCCAGAUCCUGGGUGGCAUCCUGCGUCUCCCCAUGGUGGAGCCCACGGACCAGGGCCACUACAUGUGCCAAGCCAGAAACCCAGCCGGGCAACAUGUGGCCAGUGCCACCCUCCACGUGCAUGGGGGCAGCGGACCCCAGGUCCGGGUGAGACCGGAGCGGACACAGGUGCAGGAAGGCCACAACAUGGAACUUCACUGCCAAGCGUCUGGGACCCCUACGGCCACCAUCAAAUGGAAGAAGGAGGGGGGCCACUUACCCCACCAGGCCCGUGUGGAGUACCGGGACAUCGUCACCCUGACGAUCCCGACCAUCUCUCUGACCGACGCCGGAGUCUACCUCUGUGUGGCUACCAGCCCUGCUGGCACCGCUCAGGCCCGCGUCGAGGUGAUGGUGGCACCAGGACCCAACACCCCCAUCCGGAUCGAGUCCUCGUCCUCGUCAGUGACCGAAGGGCAAACACUGGACCUGAACUGCCUGGUGGAUGGCCAGGCCCAGCCCAGGUUCAUGUGGUACAAGCGAGGGGGCAGCCUUCCCACCCGGCACCUGAUCCACGGCUCCUGGCUGCGGCUGUCCCAGUUGACCCCGGCCGACUCGGGCGAGUACGUGUGCCGCGUGGGCUCGCAGGAGGCCUCGUACACUGUCUCUGUCCUCCACGGCUCCGGCUCUGACCACCGUCCCGGCCAGGUUCCCCCAGCCCCAGGGUACAACCCCCAGAUUCGGAUUGAGUCCUCAUCCUCGUCCGUGGCCGAAGGACAGACUGUCGAACUGAACUGCCUGGUGGCCGGGCAGACCCACCCCACGGUUCUGUGGUACAAGCGCCAGGGGAACCUCCCCAUUCGGCACCAGGUCCACGGCUCCCGGCUGCAGCUGUACCAGGUGACGCCGGCCGACUCGGGCGAGUAUGUUUGUCUUGUGACCAUCGACUCUGGCUCCCAUGAAGCCUCGGUCAUGGUCUCCAUCCAGGAGUCUGGGUUUCUUCCAGGAGGCCCCCCAGCCCCAGGAGGCCCCCCACCCAUCCGGAUCGAAUCCUCGCCCUUGGCAGUGGCCGAAGGUCAAACUCUGACCCUGAAUUGCCUGGUGGCCGGGCAGUCCCAGCCCUCAGUCACGUGGUUCAAGCGCAGAGGCAGUCUCCCUGCCCAUCACCAGGUGUCCGGUUCCCGCCUGCGCAUCUACCAAGUCACAGGCGCAGACUCCGGCGAGUACGUGUGCCGGGCUGGCGGUGGCCUGGAGGCCAGCCUGUUCGUCCAAGUGCAGAGCAGCGUCUCCUCCUCCCAGGAGUCCAGAGCCCUCAUCCGGAUCGAGUCCACGCCCUCGGCGGUGGCCGAAGGGCAAACCCUGGACCUGAACUGCGUGGUGGCCGGCCAGGCCCAGCCCAAGGUGAUGUGGUACAAGCGCGGUGGCAGCCUCCCCGCCCACCACCAGGUCCAAGGCUCCCGGCUGCGGCUGCUCCAGGUGUCCCCGGCCGACUCGGGCGAGUAUGUGUGCCGCGUGGCCAUCGACUCUGACUCCCAGGAGGCUUCGGUAAUGGUCACCAUCCAGGCCUCUGGUUCCACUCCCGCCGCGGGGUCCACCCCUCCGAUCCGGAUCGAGUCCUCGUCCUCGGUGGUGGCCGAAGGGCAGACUCUGGAACUGAACUGUCUGGUGGCCGGCCAGGCCCAGCCCGCGGUUGCGUGGUCCAAGCGUGGGGGCAGCCUCCCCGCCCGCCACCAGAUCCACGGCUCCCGACUGCGGCUGCUCCAGGUGUCCCCGGCCGACUCGGGCGAGUACGUGUGCCGCGUGGCCACCAGCUCCGGCUCCCAGGAGGCCUCGGUCAUGGUCACCAUCAAGGCCUCUGGUUCCAUCCCCGCCUCGGGGUCCACCCCUCCGAUCCGGAUCGAGUCCUCGUCCUCGGUGGUGGCCGAAGGGCAGACGCUGGAACUGAACUGUCUGGUGGCCGGCCAGGCCCAUCCCGUGGUCACGUGGUCCAAGCGCGGGGGCAGCCUCCCCGCCCGCCACCAGGUCUACGGCUCCCGGCUGCGGCUGUUCCAGGUGUCUCCGGCCGACUCGGGCGAGUACGUGUGCCGCGUGGUCACUGGCUCCGAAUCCCAGGAGGCCUCAGUCAUGGUCACCAUCGAGGCCUCCGGUUCCAUCCCUGCCUCGGGUUCCAUCCCUCCGAUCCGGAUCGAGUCCUCGUCCUCGGUGGUGGCCGAAGGGCAGACGCUGGAACUGAACUGCCUGGUGGCCGGCCAGGCCCAGCCCGCGGUUACGUGGUACAAGCGCAGGGGCAGCCUCCCCGCCCGCCACCAGGUUCACGGCUCCCGGCUGCGGCUGCACCAGGUGUCCCCGGCCGACUCGGGCGAGUACGUGUGCCGCGUGUCCACCAGCUCCGGCUCCCGGGAGGCCUCUGUCAUGGUCACCAUCCAGCAGCGGCACUCGGAUCACAGCCACGGCCAGACCUCAGUUCACCGUGUCCGGAUCGAGUCUUCGUCCUCGUCCCUGGUUGAAGGUCAGACCCUGGACCUGAACUGUCUGGUGGCCAACCAGGCGCCUCACACAGUCACGUGGCACAAGCGUGGCGGCAGCCUCCCUACCCGCCACCAGAUCGUGGGCACCAAACUGCGCAUCCCACACGUGACCCCGGCCGACUCGGGCGAGUACGUGUGCCAUGUCAGCAGCGGCGCUGGCCACCAGGAAGCCUCCGUGGUCGUCACCAUCCAGGGUGGCGAGGGCUCCUCCCCUCCCCACGCCCCAAGCGGCCCCCCGCCCAUCCGGAUCGAGUCCUCGUCCUCCGUUGUGGCCGAAGGGCAAACCCUGGAACUGAACUGCCUGGUGGCAGGCCAGGCCCACCCCACGGUCACAUGGUACAAGCGUGGGGGCAGCCUCCCCACCCACCACCAGACCCACGGCUCCCGGCUGCGCCUGGUCCAGCUGACUCCGGCCGACUCGGGAGAGUAUGUGUGCCGCGCCAACAACAACAUCGAUGCACUGGAGGCCUCCGUCCUGGUCACCAUCUCGCCCCGCGCCGGAGCGCCCGCCCCCCCAGGGUUCAUCCCGCCAGUCCGGAUCGAGUCUUCAUCCUUGGAGGUAACCGAAGGUCAAACCAUUGACCUGAACUGCCUGGUGGCUGGCCAGACCCAUCCUACAGUCAUGUGGUACAAGCGCGGGGGCAACCUCCCCACCCACCACCAGAUCCACGGCUCCCGGCUGCGGCUGCUCCAGGUGUCCCCGGCCGACUCGGGCGAGUAUGUGUGCCGGGUGGCCACCAGCUCCGGCUCCCAGGAGGCCUCGGUCAUAGUCACCAUCCAGGGCUCUGGGGCAGGCUCUAACUCUGGCCCAGGAUCCAGUACCCCCAUCCGGAUUGAGUCCUCGUCCUCAUCGGUGACCGAAGGGCAAACGCUGGACCUGAACUGCCUGGUGGCCACCCAGGCCCAGCCCAGAGUCACGUGGUACAGGCGCGGGGGCAGCCUUCCCGCCCAGCAUCUGGUCCACGGCUCCCGUCUGCGGCUGCCCCAGGUGACCUCGGCUGACUCGGGCGAGUACGUGUGCCGCGUGGGCUCGCAGGAGGCCUCGCUGGUGGUCACGGUGCUUUCCAGCAUCGGCUCUUCCUACCGCCUGCAGAGCCCCGUCAUCUCCAUCGACCCUCCCGGGGCCACCGUGCAGCGGGGCCAGAAUGCCAGCUUCAAGUGUCUGGUCCACGACGGGGCUGCGCCCAUCAGCAUUGAGUGGAAGAUGGCACGGAACCAGGACCUGGAGGACAACGUGCAUCUGAGCCCGAACGGCUCCAUCAUCACCAUCGUGGGCGCCCGUCCCAGCAACCUCGGGACCUACCGCUGUGUGGCCUCCAACCCGUACGGCGUGGCCCACAGCGUGGUCAGCCUCAGUGUUCAAGGACCUCCCGCCGUGUCAGUACUGCCCAAGGGUCCGGUGCAGGUGAAAGUGGGCAAAGCCGUGAGCCUGGAGUGUGUGGGCACCGGGGACCCACGGCCGACUGCCCGCUGGUCCCGCCUCGGGGCACCCCACAAGGUUGAGCAGCGGACCCUCGGGCCUCUGGACAGCCAGGCCAUCCUGCAGAUUCCAGCGGCCCAGCCGGAGGAUGCUGGAACCUACCUGUGUGUGGUCCAAAACGCGCUGGGCACGGCGCAGGCCCAGGUGGUGGUGAGUGUGGAGACGGGCCUUGGUGCCCCAGGGGCCCCCCAGGUGAAGGUGGAGGAGCCGGUCAUGACCGUGGAAGCCGGGGCCACCGCCACGUUGCGCUGCUCUGCUACAGGAAGCCCACCACCGACCCUGCAGUGGACCAAGCUGCGGGCCCCGCUACCCUGGCAGCACCAGUUGGUGGGUGACACUCUGAUCAUCCCUCGCGUGGCCCAGCAGGACUCGGGCCAGUACAUCUGUAAUGCCAGCAGCCCGGCUGGGCACGCUGAGACCACAGUCACCCUGCAUGUGGAGACACACCCCUAUGCCACGACGCUCCCAGAAGCAGCCUCAGUCGGGGUCGGGGAGAGGGUACAGCUGCAGUGCCUGGCCCAUGGCACCCCCCCACUGACCUUCCAGUGGACCCGGGUGAACGGGAGUCUGCCCGGGCAUGCUGUCGUACAGGACGGGACCCUGCACAUCGCUUCUGCCACCCUUGGAGACGCCGGCCAGUAUCGCUGCCUCGUCUCCAAUAAGGUGGGCUCUGCCCAGGCCUUUGCCCAGCUCAGUGUCCAGGGCGGCCCCGCGGUCGUGCACGUCUCCCCCCAGCUUGAGACCAAGGGUGUUGGAGGCAGCGCUGAGUUCCACUGCGCUGUACCAAGGGACCCUCGCACCCAACUCCACUGGUUCAAGGAAGGAGGACAGCUGCCUGCCGGUCACAGCAUACAGGACGGGGUGCUGAGGAUCCACAACCUAGACCAGAGUUGCCAGGGGACAUACAUUUGCCGGGCACACGGGCCCUGGGGCCAGGCCCAGGCCAGCGCCCAGCUGGUUGUGCACGCUCUGCCCUCAGUCCUCAUCAACGCCCGCACAGCCGUGCAGACCGUGGUGGUCGGCCACUCCCUGGAGUUCGAGUGCCUGGCCCGGGGCGAUCCCAAGCCCCAGGUCAGCUGGAGUAAAGUGCGGGGGCAGCUGCGGGCCGGCGUCGUGCAGAGCGGAAACACCAUCAAGAUCGCCCGCGUGGAGCAAGCCGAUGCUGGAGAGUACCGCUGCACGGCCACCAACAGCGCGGGGACCACCCAGUCCCACGUGCUGCUGCUGGUUCAGGCGCUGCCCCAGAUCUCAGCUCCCCAAGAGGUGCGGAUCCCAGCGGGCUCUGCUGCAGUCUUCCCAUGCAUGGCCUCUGGCUUCCCCACCCCAAAUGUCACAUGGACUAAGCUGGAGGGCGAACUGCCCCCGGAGAGCCGGCUGGAGAACCACAUGCUGACCAUCCCGGCGGUGCGGCCCCAGGACGCGGGCACCUACGUCUGCACCGCUACCAACCGCCAGGGUAGGGUCAAGGCCUUUGCCCACCUGAAAGUGCCAGAGCGGGUGGUUCCGUACUUCACCCAGACCCCACAUUCCUUCCUGCCUCUGCCCACCAUCAAGGAUGCCUACAGGAAGUUCGAGAUUCAGAUCACCUUCCGGCCCGACGCUGCAGACGGAAUGCUGCUGUACAACGGGCAGAAGCAGAGCCCGGGGGCCAACGUGGCCUCUGGCAGCCAGGCAGGGCGACAGCCGGACUUCAUCUCCUUCGGCCUUGUGGGUGGCAGGCCUGAGUUCAAGUUUGACGCCGGCUCGGGCAUGGCCACCAUCCGUCAUCCCAACCCACUGGCCCUGGGCCAGUUCCACACGGUGACACUGCUGCGGAGUCUGACCCAGGGCAGCCUCAUUGUGGGCUCCUUCCCCGCAGUCAACGGCACCUCCCAGGGCAAGUUCCAAGGGUUGGACUUGAAUGAGGAGCUCUACCUGGGCGGCUAUCCGGACUACGGUGCCAUCCCGAAGGCUGGGCACAGCAGCGGCUUUGUGGGCUGUGUGCGCCAGCUGCUCAUCCAGGGGGAGGAAGUCAUCUUCCACGACCUCAACCUGACCGCCCAUGGCAUCUCCCACUGCCCCACGUGCCAGGACCGGCCUUGCCAGAAUGGGGGCCAAUGCCAAGACUCUGAGAGCAGCAGCUACGUGUGCACCUGCCCUGCCGGCUUUACGGGAAGUCGCUGUGAGCACUCCCAGGCCCUGCACUGCCACCCAGAGGCCUGUGGGCCCGAUGCCACCUGCGUGAACAGGCCCGAUGGCCGGGGCUACUCUUGCCGUUGUCAUCUGGGGCGCUCAGGGGAGAAGUGCAUGGCAGGUGUCACCGUGACCACCCCGGCCCUGUCGGGCCAGGGCUCGUUCCUGGCCCUGCCGGCCCUCACCAACACCCACCACGAGCUGCGCCUGGAUGCCGAGUUCAAGCCCCUGGCACCCGACGGGCUGCUGCUGUUCAGCGGGGGCAAGGCGGGCCCCGUGGAGGACUUCGUGUCCCUGGCCAUGUCCGCCGGGCACCUGGAGUUCCGCUUCGAGCUGGGUUCAGGGACGGCCGUCUUGCGGAGCGCCGAGCCGCUGACCCUGGGUCACUGGCACCGGGUAUCGGCGGAACGACUGAACAAGGACGGCAGCCUCAGGGUGGACGGCGGGCGCCCCGUGCAGCGGUCCUCCCCGGGCAAGAGCCAGGGCCUCAACCUGCGCACGCCCCUCUAUCUCGGGGGUGUAGAGCCCACGGUGCCCUGCCCCCCCGCCGCCAACGUCACCACCCACUUCCGCGGCUGCAUCGGGGAGGUUUCAGUGAACGGAAAGCGACUGGAUAUGACCUACAGCUUCCUGAGUAGCCGGGGCGUGGGGCAGUGCCGUGACAGCUCUCCCUGUGAGCACCAGCCCUGCCUGCACGGGGCCACUUGUAUGCCCGCCAGGGAGUUUGAGUUCCAGUGCCUGUGCCAGGAAGGCUUCAAAGGAGAUCGCUGUGAGCAUGCUGAACACCCCUGCCUGCUCCGGGAGCCCUGUCUGCACGGCGGCACCUGCCAGGGCACUCGCUGCCUCUGUGCCCCCGGCUUCUCCGGCCCACGCUGCCAACAAGGCUCCGGCCAGAGAGGCGGCGGGUCAGAGUGGCACCAAGAGGGCAGCGGUGGCAAUGAUGCCCCUGGGCAGUAUGGCGCCCAUUUCCAAGAUGGCAGUUACCUGGUGCUCCCAGGACAGGUGUUCCCAAGGAGCCUGCCCGAGGUGCCAGAGACCAUCGAGUUGGAAGUCCGGACCAGCUCUUCCAGCGGCCUCCUCCUGUGGCAGGGCGUGGAGGCUGGAGAGGACGGUCAGGGCAGGGACUUCAUCAGCCUGGGAUUGCGGCAGGGGCAUCUUGUUUUCAGUUACCAGCUGGGCAGCGGGGAAGCCAGCAUCACCUCUGAGGACCCCAUCAACGAUGGAGAGUGGCACAAAGUGACGGCUAUCCGGAAGGGCCGGAGAGGCUCCAUCCAGGUAGACGGGGAGGAGCUGGUGAGCGGUCAGUCUCCGGGCCCCCACAUGGCGGUCAACACCAAGGGCAGCAUCUACCUCGGAGGUGCCCCAGCGGCUGCCACCCUGACUGGGGGCAGAUUCCAAGGGGGCAUCACCGGCUGCAUCAAGAACCUGGUGCUGCACAGCGCCCACCUGGGAGCCGUGCCGCCGCAGCCCCUGGACCUACAGCACCGCGCCCAGGGCGGCAAAGGCCCCGUCCGCCCCUGCCCGCCCUAGGGUCCUUCCCCAGCCCGCCCCUGGACUCUUCACAGCGCCCCCGAUUACUCUAUUAUUACUUCGGUGAUGUUGAUGAUGAUGAUGAAUUUUUUUGUAAGAAACCAAGAUACAGUGGUGCUUUGCUGCUACCUGCCCCUGCCGGAGAGGUGGCCUGGGCCGGAGGGGCGUGGGUGGGUUGAGGGGCUGCUGCCGGCCCCACCAUGCCCUGCCUAGCCCCCACAAAGGGGAAGGAAGGAGGGCAGAGGCUAGCCCCGGCCGAGAGAGGCCUGGGGACUGCGGGCAUCCCGGGCCACCAGGGCUUCGGGGCUCUGUCAGGCUAGGGCCACUAGCCUGGGCCCUCAGCGGACCGGAGAAUUAUGAGAACCCACCGGCAGGACAGAAAUGGCCCCCGGCUGCCUCCUGGGGCCAGUUCUCCCCCUCCUCCCCCACCCUCCAAUCUCCCACGCCGCCUCGCCCCACCCCCCCGCUACCUCUUCCAGUGGUCCUAGGAUGGCUAAGGGCCCGAGGUGCCGUGCAGUUGCGGCCCCUCCGCCCAGCCCCACUUCCUGAAGGCAGCGGACAUCGCUUGCUUGGCCCGACCCCGGGGUCCAGUGGGUUGGUGCCAACUUCCGGCUCCAGGGAGCUGUGGCCCCACUGGGGCUAGUAGUGCCAGACCUGGAAGGAGUCCAGCUCCUCUCCCCUCUAGGGCCCACCACGGGGGGAUGGAGCAGGCAGGGGGCCCUUCCUCUCACCCCCACUUCCCAGUGCUUGCCUUGGGGGGAUCUCAAAGCACUCUUGUGCCAGCCACUACACCAGAACCAGCCUCUUGCCCAAGCAUGGCAGGUCUCUGCUCCCCACCCUCCUCCUCUGGGCACCCCCGCCUCCAGCUCACAUAGGUCCCCAGCUGGUCUCUCCACACUGGCCUGGCUCCUUGACAGUUGACCUCACCUGCUAGCCACUCCCCUGGACACCCAGAAGAGGCUACCUGCGCCCAGCCUCUUAUUUCUAUCCACAUUACCCAAGUCUGGUGGUAAAGCAUUGGCUCCCAUGAACACCCAGAACUGCCCAGCUGCCACAGCUGGACCCCAGGAGGGCAGUGGGAAAGGGACCCAAGGCCCCGUAUUCUGCUGCAGUAGGAGGUUGGGGUGGGGGACACUGGGUCCCUGGUGGGACAGGCUACUUCUGGAAGGAGGACAGGGGAACAGGGCAAGCGCUAUGGCCUGCCGUUUCGUCCCAGGGCACAGAGAACGAGGGAGAAAGCCAAAGCGGAGAGGGAAGGAUGAGAAGGAGGGCAGCUAAGUGGGGUGAGAGCACAGCACAGGGAAAUGAAACACCAUAGUGCCCCUUCUUGGAGCCUCCCCCCGGCCCUUUACGUGCUCCCUCGACCUCCCCCUCUGCUCCCAAAGAUCCUACAGCAGUACAGAUGCCUGGAGUGAUUGGGAGGGGUGGGGGGCUUUGAGACCAGCCCCCAGGGCUGUCCUAAGCCCAGCUGACUCUGCUGUCUGGCCUGACUAUCUGAAGCCGGCUGCGGUCCGGGGUCAGUGUUCCCUCCACGGGGUCCUGCAGAGGGAAAUCUCCCCGGCCUAACUGCGGCCCCCAGAGCUGCUCCUCCUGUGUUCUUUGUUUUUAUUUUUCUUAAAUAAAAGGUGCUACCCCCAGC